UCUACCCUUUUAAAAGAUUUUUGGCGAGAGACAGACUUCUCCCCUCCUCACACACACAUCGUCGUCACAUACCCCAUCGACAGACGUUCUACUUCACUACUAGCAUCCCAAUCACAUAGACAACAGCAAUGACGAAGGCAGUUGGAAUCGAUCUCGGGACCACGUACUCGUGCGUCGCCGUCUGGCAAUCUGACCGCGUCGAGGUCAUCGCAAACGACCAGGGCAACCGUACCACCCCUUCGUACGUCGCCUUUACCGACACGGAGCGCCUCAUCGGUGAUGCUGCCAAGAACCAAGUCGCCAUGAACCCUCACAACACCGUCUUCGACGCCAAGCGCAUGAUCGGACGCAAGUUUGAGGACCAAGAGCUCCAGUCUGACCGAAAGCACUGGCCCUUCGAGGUUGUGUCCAAGGAGGGCAAGCCCAACAUCAAGGUCGAGUACAAGGGAGAGGAGAAGAUCUUCACACCCGAGGAGAUCUCAUCCAUGGUCCUCCUCAAGAUGCGCGAGACGGCAGAGGCCUACCUCGGUGGCUCCGUAAAGGACGCCGUCGUUACCGUCCCCGCCUACUUCAACGACUCGCAGCGUCAGGCUACCAAGGACGCCGGCACCAUCGCUGGCCUCAACGUCCUCCGUAUCAUCAACGAGCCUACCGCAGCAGCAAUCGCCUACGGUCUUGACAAGAAGAGUGAGGGCGAGAAGAACGUCCUCAUCUUCGACCUUGGAGGAGGAACCUUCGACGUUUCCCUCUUGACCAUCGAGGAGGGCAUCUUCGAGGUCAAGGCUACCGCCGGUGACACCCACUUGGGAGGUGAGGACUUCGACAACCGCCUCGUCAACCACUUUGUCCAGGAGUUCAAGCGCAAGAACAAGAAGGACCUCACCACCAACGCCCGUGCCCUCCGCCGCCUCCGCACCGCCUGCGAGCGUGCUAAGCGUACCCUCUCGUCGGCCGCUCAGACCAGCAUUGAGAUCGACUCCCUCUUCGAGGGCAUCGACUUCUACACGAGCAUCACCCGUGCCCGCUUCGAGGAGCUCUGCGGUGACCUCUUCUCCCACACCCUCGAGCCCGUCGAGAAGGUGCUCCGCGACUCCAAGAUUGACAAGGGAUCCGUAAACGAGAUUGUCCUCGUCGGCGGUUCCACCCGUAUCCCCAAGGUGCAGAAGCUCCUCCGCGACUUCUUCAACGGCCGCGAGCCCAACAAGUCCAUCAACCCCGACGAGGCAGUCGCCUACGGUGCCGCCGUCCAGGCCGCCAUCCUCAGCGGUGACACCAGCGAGAAGACGCAGGACCUCCUCCUCCUCGACGUCGCCCCUCUUUCCAUGGGUAUUGAGACGGCAGGCGGUGUCUUCACUCCCCUGAUCAAGCGCAACACCACCGUCCCGACCAAGAAGAGCGAGAUCUUCUCCACAUACGCGGACAACCAGCCCGGUGUGCUCAUUCAGGUCUACGAGGGUGAGCGAGCCCGCACCAAGGACAACAACCUCCUGGGCAAGUUCGAGCUCUCCGGCAUCCCCCCCGCCCCUCGCGGUGUCCCUCAGAUCGAAGUCACAUUCGACGUCGACGCCAACGCGGUGCUCAACGUCUCUGCUGCGGACAAGACGUCGGGCAAGUCGGAGAAGAUCGCCAUUACCAACGACAAGGGUCGCCUCAGCAAGGAGGACAUCGAGCGUAUGGUCAACGAUGCCGAGAAGUACAAGGAGGAGGACGAAGCCGCCGCUGCCCGCAUCAGUGCUCGCAACGGUCUCGAGAGCUACGCCUACCAGGUUCGCAACUCGUUGGGAGAGGAGCAAUUCGCCUCGAAGCUCGACGAGAGCGACAAGGAGAAGGCAAAGCAGGCCAUCGAUGAGACGAUCAAGUUCCUCGACGAGACGGCAGAGGGGUCUACGGACGAGUACGAGUCCCGUCGCAAGGAGCUCGAGGCGGUCAUCAACCCCAUCAUGCAGAAGGCUUACGGUCAGGCCGGUGGUAUGCCCGGUGGCGCGCCUGGUGGUGCACCCGGAGCUGCCCCCGGUGGAGGGGACGCUGACGGACCCUCGGUCGAGGAGGUCGACUAAUGGUUGGCGCGAGGCGCGACUGAGCUCAUAAAAAGGAAAGACGUGGGCGAGCGAUUCUUUGAUCUGUAGACGUUUCUGUUUUCGUAGUCUUGAUCCUUUUCAAUGAGCUAG